CUUCCCGUUUUGCAUCGUUUGCCGCGGCAAGAAAGCAAGACGCCAUAACAAACUGCGUUCGUGUAGGUUUUGAAUGACAGAAACGCCGAAACUAUUUAUUUAUCCAGUUAUUCUGUUUGGUAGGAAAUCGGGAGGCUGAAUUUUUUCCUUGUACAGACUGUGACUCUACUCUGCUAGGGAGGCGUUUGCGGUUGAAACCAUCUUCAAUGUAUCUUUGAUCUAAGAUAAUUUUCUGAAGAUGGAGGAUUCUGAAAAGACUACUGACUCAAUGCUUUUAGAAGAAGCAAUGGCAGUAACUGAGAAAUCAUCCGAGGACCUGAGUGCCAUUGUUGGAGAUGGUCCAGAAGAGACAUCUAACGAUUUAGUUGAUGAGACUAUGGGGAUGGUCCCGGAUGGUGAACUGGCGGAAGGAGUGAUGGAUAAUGACGAUAUAGAAAUGGCAGAUGGUGCUGCUGAGGAUUCAGAAAACAAUAAUCUUGCUCCUGAAGACUCAAUGGAUGCGCCAGCUGCCCUUUUGGAAGGUGAAGAUGGGUCAGAAGAGGUUUCGCAAGGAACGUUAUCAACCUCUGAAGGCUUCUUGGGUGAUGACUUUAUGUCGCAGCCUGACAGGAUGAUUGUGCAAAGUGAGCCUCCCCAGCAACUUAUGGAGGAAGCUGAUGGGCCUGGAGAGGGUAAUAUUGAAGGUGAAGAAGACGACGGAGCCAUUGUGGCCGAAGCCGAUACCACAGCAGACCCCGCUGAGGGCUUGCAAGAAGAGAAUGAACUGGCGGAAGGCGACGAAGAAGCUUUACUGCUGCAGCAGGACGGAGAGGGCGUUGCCUUACCGGAUGGCAUUUCUCUUGGCGUUAUUGCAGAUCAGAUGGAAGCUGGCUCUCAACUACAUGAAGAUGGAACAGAAGCUGCAGCAGAAGAUGGCCAGGCUGAAGAAUCAGAGGAAGGAAUGGUGCUACGGUUAGAAGAAGAUGAUGGCACAGAAGGUGGAGAUGAAGGGGUGACGCUCUUAGCGGCUGGCGACAAUUUAGAGGGAGCACUUAGUGAACUCGAGGGCAAGAUUGCCACAGCACCAGAUGGUACAGUUCGGCUCUUGGCUGGUCAAGAGGCUCUGCAGGGAAUGCAGUUAAUGGAAGGUGAUGACAAACCUGAAGAAGAGGCAGAAGCAGUUCAACAAGCAGUUCAAAAAGAAAUCCAAGCGCAGUUGCAGGCGGCCCUACUGAAACAGGAAGAAAUGAAAAUGGAACAGGAGGAGGGACCUGAUUCAGAUGCUGUACCUGAGGACCAGCCUGAACAACCAGAUGCUGUAAAUGAGUCUGACGCCCUUGCAACACUUGCUUCAGCUGCUUUGGGUCACCAGGCUCCUACAAAUGGAGUGAAAAAUGAGCUGGAUGAACCCCAAAUUAAAGAUGAAAAGGAAAACCCUGAUGAGCCUCAGUGGAUGGAUGUUGGUAUUUGCAAAGGAACCCACUGCCAAGUUCGUACCUAUUACAUUCCCAGAUCUGGUCAAAGUUGGGACCAGAACUGGGAUGGUAUCACUACAAGCACGUUACCUGAUCAUAGAGCCCUUGCUAAACUUGAGCUUGAGUCCGGAAAAGCCUACAAAUUCCGUGUAGCUGCCAUAAACUCUUGCGGCAGAGGACCAUGGAGUGAGGUUGCUGCAUUCAAGACAUCUCUGCCAGGCUUCCCAGGAGCACCUUCAGCUAUUAAAAUUGCCAAAACUGCUGAUGGAGCACAUCUAUCAUGGGAGCCACCACCAAUUGCAUCUGGUGUGAUUGAAGACUACCAUGUGUACCUUGCAGUCAGAACUGCAACGACUGAUGCCUCACGGGUGGUGUCGAGUGGGGCCAAUCAACUGGCCUUUGUAAGAAUAUAUCAGGGAGCAGCAAACCAAUGUUCAGUGGGCAAUGACACUCUAAGCAAGGCUCACAUUGAUAUGACAACUAAGCCUGCCAUACUGUUCCGCAUCUCAGCUCGAAAUGAGAAGGGCAUUGGGCCAGCCACUCAAGUCAGGUGGCUUCAAGAGGUUGGUGCCCCUAACAAUGCUGCAAGACCAACCAAUGCUCCAAGACGCCCAGCCACAGAGAAUAAGCCCCAUGGAAAUUACAAGAGGAAAAAGAGUGAAUGAAGAAAUCCUCCCAACCACGAUGAAAUUUUUCAAUCAACUUCCUUCUCCUGUGUGUCUAUGAAUUUUAUUUUAUUUUGCUAGUAAUGUUUUUGCUGGUUCCUCCACAUGAUCAUUUUAUUUAAUAUCAAUUUAUGCAGCCAUUCUGUACAGGAUACAGAAGUACAUGAAUUUAUGUAUUUGCACACGGUUUCUUGUGGUAAUGUUGCUGUUUAAAUGAAAUUAUUUGAUGGUUCCUUACCUCCAAGAUAAUUAUGAAGUAUCUUAUCUUAAUUUAAAAUCAUCCCUGUAGCAAGUACAUGCUGUCUUCCUGUUGUUUUUAUUGUCCACAUAGUUGCAUAUUGCAUAUUUUAUUUUAAUCUGUCAAACUUGUUUAUGAUGUACCUUUUAUUAUAAAACACUGUGAGUGUUAAGUUUGAUGUGAUUGAGAAUUGUACAGUUAAUUUCAUAUUGCUUGUGGGUGUGUCACACACCCAGAUCUGAUUUGUACAUUUUGCAUAAAUGAAAUAGAAGGAAAAAUGCCCUGUAGAGGAAGUGUUUUAAAGUUAGCCAUGUAUUUAACUGCUGAAUUAUUUGCUCUCUGAAAUUUAGUUUUAAGAUCUGACCCAUGUUUUGAUUGUGCUCAGAACUCUUCAAUUUUUUUGCGGCUUUUAUUUGACCCUGUUAUGCCAAGUUGUAAACACUUCUUGUGCAGUGUGAAUUUCUGUAGUUCUGCACAUAAAAUAAUUAAUAGAAUUGAACAACUCA